CUCUUUCUCUCUAACUGUGAAAUAAAUUAUGAAUUGUGGGCAAGAGAAGCUGUAUCACUCCCAGUGAUUCUAGUUACUUUCAGUCCCAAUGGACAGUACCAUUCAAAUGCUUUCUCUUCUGCCAUUCAGGAAGAGUACUGCAAAGCAUUCCCAGUCUGAUCAGAAAGUCAGCCAACAGUGCCUGGGAAGUGUGAGUCAGUUCAAGAGCGGCAGGAGAAGCUGGCAUGGGUUUGGCUUGUACACUUGUGGAGAAAUGGGAUGAAGAUGAAAAAUUUGCUUUGGCUGGUGGGCUCAGAAAUUGAGAAAGGGGAGAAAGGCAGCUUGUGAGGGAACAAAGACCUAAUGUGGGAGAACUGUGAGUUCCUUGCACAUGGGCUGAAGAAUUUGAGAAGACCUUUUUCAAACACUUCCAAGCACUAGAGUGAGCCUAUCCCCACACUGGGGCCAGCACCACAUGCAUACAAUGUGCAGGGAGUGGUGGGCACCAAGCAGAGAUGCAGCAGGAGUACAUCUGCAACAUGCUGAAGAGGGGCUUCAGUGAGAGGAGUGGAAGAUCUAUCACACCCCAGGAGUCACAUCUCUGCUGGGCUUGCAUUGACAAACUGAAUCUUUUUCAUGGCAGACUAGAAUGAAGAGAUGUCAAAAUCAGUGAGUCUCAGGAAUCUGUGUCUCUGACUGAUGCCUCAGCAGAGAAGGCCACAGAAGCCCCUGACACUGACCAUGAGGUUGAAGCUGAACGUUUUCUGACCAUCUGCUCUCACUAUCCUUCCCCUGACAGCCAGAGCUGUACCUACUAACUGGUAUGUAUUCAAAAUGGAGACCAAGGACACAAUCCUGCCAGAAUUCUGACAACCACAUGUAGUCUGGCAAUUGAUAAAGACAGAGGCAGGAAUGAAUUUCCCCUUAAGAGUUCUCCCUUUGAUGUCCAGUAUCUUCCCUCAACUGCUCUCUACACACUACAGCUAUUUCUUUGUUCCUUUUUCUUUCCUCUAGUCAUUAAUAGCCAAUACUGCCAGCCCAGACCACUGUCUGGGCAUCAGGAGCAGCUAUCUGAAACCAGGGAUGGGACUGCAGCCCUCUUUGUGCACUCCUGAUGAAACACUGCAUAGCACUUAGGGUCUGCACACCAUGGUUUUGCCACAACCGUCCUCAACUUUUCUGGUGGCUCUCCUUUUAUUUUCUGCUUCAUGAAGUCAGUCCUCUGGCUAAGCAAGUCAUUUUUGUAACAGUAAGAUUUAUCCAUAAUUUAGGAUAAGAACUUUCUAACCUGUUAUAAGUGGAAGGGAAAUCCAAAAACAUAAGAAUGCAAGAACAAGGACUGUUUUGUUAGAGGCUUCAAACUGAACUGAAAAUGGCUUUGAUGAGAGGGGAAUUUUUCUUGAGGUCAGACCACUGAAUGCGUAUAACAACAUGGAGAAAUAUGAGCUCUAAGUAUGGGGUUUGAUGAAGGAAAUCCAAAUGACAGGUUUUUGUGGAAAUACAGCCUCCAGCUGCACUGAUAUGUCUCGCUGCAGCUGUGUCAACAACACCCAGUGGCCAAGAUGAGAAUGCUGGGAUCCUUCCUGCUGGUUGUAAGCCAAAAUGUUCUGAGCUGCCCUACUUCUGCUGUCAAUAUCAGCUGUGUGCUUCAAUUAAGAUUAAAAAAAAAAAAAGAUGAAAAUGUUUUUCCCCGAUGUCAAGAAUUCUCAGUUACACCAAAAAAAGUUCAGUCACAUUGCAGACUGGUGAAAAGCUGCAGCAAGUCACUGGAUGCCAAAUGGAGAAGAAAGGAGGACACAUUAAUGCCUGGAGGUCUGGGAUAAAGGGAUGGGGAGAACCAGGGGAUGAUAACCCCUAAAGUGUAAAAUUGUACUGGUUUUGCAUAGUGUUUCUUAAUUUUAUUAAGUUUCUUAAUUUAUUUAAAAGAGAAGGGACAACAUUUAAUGCACCACUCAUCAGUAUACUUUUUCUCUGUAGAACCUGGGAAGGCCUUUGCAGAUGCAUGCAGGCUGAUGAAGGUGGUGCCUGUCUUACACUUGAUUCAAAGUUUGGCCAAGCCUUUUAUAUAUCUGAACCACCAUGGUCUAGGACUCAAAGGUGUCAAAGUCACUGUUAGUGUUAUGGUGUCCAACACAACCAUCAUCCAUUUAGAGUUAGAAGAAAAGUGCAUUUUGGUAGGAGCCAUAUGCGCAGCAGAGAUGCUAUGAGAGAAUUCCUCCCUUCAAGAACUGGUACCCCAUCUGACACAGUUUAAUGAGUUGGUGAAUGAAACUUUCAUCAAGUUGCAGGAUUUGGUGUGUCAAAUGCAUCCUGAACUAGAUGUCAUCUACAGUGAGGCUGAAGGCUGUAUCAUCAAGAUCCAACAGUAUCCAAAUCCCAUGGAAAUUAUGCACAACUAUUUGAAAGAGCACAACCUACAACUCUGAGACUUUUUUAGGAUUAUUGAUGAGAACGGAAACAUGAAGAUUCCUGUGGCAGCCUUCUGGAAAGCCAUGAUACAGCAACAAAUCAUCCCACUGGAUUGAGUCCAAAUUGGGGAACUAGUGCACAAUCUAGACCGGAAUCAGACAGCAGUUGUGGACUAUAGUCACAUAGAAAACCAGAAGCCAGCACAGAAACUUGUGGAAGGGGAAAUCAAGGAGGAAAAGAAGGAAAAGCCAUAA